AUGGCCAUAAAUUUAGAGAAGCAUCGAGAAGCAUUAAUCGCUGCGUGGAAGGAAGUAUUGGAUGAAAAAUCUGACAUCAACUGGGCCUUGUUCGGCUACGAUGGCUUGUCGAACGACCUGAAGUUCGUGAGCAAGGGCGAUGGCGGCCUCGCGGAGCUGACAGACGACCUGAACAGCGGGAAGAUCCAGUAUGCGUUCCUCAAAGUGGACGUGCCCAAUGGGAGCAUAUCGAAAUACGUGCUCAUCAACUGGCAGGGCGAGGGCGCGCCUACCGUGCGCAAGGGCACGUGCGCGAACCACGUGAAGCACGUGGCGCAGUUCUUCGCCGGCUCGCACUUGACGAUGCACGCAAGGACGGAGGACGACCUAGACGAGAGGGUCAUCCUGGAGAAGCUGGCCAAGGCCGGCACCGCGUUCAACUUCAAAGCGGGCCGCCAGGGGGAGAUGCCGCCCAGCGGUCCCGUAGGAACCGCAUACAGGAAGGUGAACCCAGUCCAAGAGAUCAACUCAAAAGAGCGGGAUCAGUUUUGGCUGAAAGAGGAGCAGGAAGAGAAGAAAAGAGUGGAAGCAGAGAGAAAGAGAAGGGAAGAGGAGAAGAGAAAAGCCGAAGAGGAAGUGAGAAGAAGAGACGAAUUGGAAGCGGCUAGGAGAGCAAAAGCAGAGGCACUAAAAGCGGAAGCGGAGGCGGGAGAGGGCGCGGGCGCGGAGGCGGAGGCGGGCGCGGGGGCGAUGAGCGCUUCGGAGGCGCUCCGGAGGCAGCGGUCGGCGGAGGCGCGCCGCCUGAUUGGAGCUUCCACGUCGGCGGCGCGCGCCCUCUUCCAGCAGAACCUGGCGCAGGGCCAGAUGUCCGCACGAACGAACUCCACGCCGGAGAAGCCGCUGCGCAGCUCCGUCAUAGCUCAGCGGAUAAACACCUUCACGCAGAGCGGCUCGGCCGCGUCGAGAACCGAACCCGCCACCCUCAAGCGGCCGAGCCCCGAGCCCGAGCAGCCGAAGACCAGCCCGCUCAAGAACAUUGACAAGAUCAAACUGAGCUUAGAGAGCCCGUCGCAGAUACAGCACGAGCCGCUCAUCGACCUCAGCCCCAGCGAGCCGGACAGCUUCACCGGCUUCGAGCGAGACGGCAACAGUAAAGGGCCGAGUGUCGGAGCGGGACAGAGCGAGCCGCCCAGCCUCGAGAGGGACGCCAACAGCCGCGGCCAUAGUGCCGGAGCGGUUCAGAGCGAGCCGCCCAACCUCGAGAGGGACACCAACAGCCGCGACCCGAGUGUCGGAGCGGGACAGAGCGAGCCGCCCGGGCUCAGCAGCCCCGAGCGGGACGCCAACACUCGCGAGCCGAACGCCGGAGCGGGACAGAGCGAGCCGCUGAUCAGGCAGAACAUACUGGAGGACGACCUGUUCGACGCGUCGUACUGCAGCUCGAACGAGAACGACGACGAGGACAGCGACAACAAGUUCAGCACGAUAAAGCGGUCGCCGUACACGAGGAGCGGCGAGCUCGGCCGCCAGGACACCGUCAUCGAGAACGUCAACUACAAGAGGGAGAACGGAGCAACCCUCGAAGAUGUGUCACCGGAGGGUAUGGAUGAAGAGGGUACCAUAUAUGAGGACUUGGAUGAUGACCCUGGCCUGACAGCAAGAGCACUGUAUGAUUACCAAGCAGUGGACGAAUCAGAAAUAACAUUCGACCCGGGCGACAUCAUCACACACAUUGAGCAGAUAGAUGCCGGUUGGUGGCAAGGCCUUGGACCGAGAGGGGUAUUCGGUCUAUUCCCCGCUAACUAUGUGGAAUUACUACCCUGCCAUCCCCGC